AUGGACCUGAUGGAUCAGUUGGUCCCUCGGGCAGACACAACAUGCACUGGCGAUACGCUGUGGUAUGUCUGCAGUGCUGGCGACUACAAAGGUUGCUGUUCAAGCAAUCCGUGUACAUUGGGUGUAUGCCCAGAUGAUGAUACCACGAUCUCGUCUACAGACACCACAACCUUCACAGCCUCGAGUACCUCUAGCCACUCUUCAACUUCGACAAGCCCCACGGAAAAUACAACAACUGCGAUAGCCAAAACAACCUCGUCUUCGACUUCGACCACUGGAAGUACCAGCCCGAGUACUAUCGUAGCGGCGACAUCUACAAGUACCUCAACAACAGCUCCGGCAUCAUCCAGCUCUAGCAACCACUCAGCCAUAAUAGGCGGUGCUAUUGGAGGCUUAGCAGGUCUUCUGAUCAUAGCAAUUAUUCUCUUCUGUUUCUGGAAGCGCAGAAAUCGCAUGAAAAAUACCGAGCCUUGCAUUAUCGACCAGAGUCAAUGGCCCAACCCAAGAAAAACACCUUGGCAAAGAGAACGUACAGGGAACUACAAUGGCAACAGUAAGCACAAUGCCAUCCACCCCAAAGAAAAGUUUGUUAAUAUUCGCACCAAAGGCUCUUCGUAUCCUCACUUCGAGCCCUCAGUCACAGAUUCCCACAAUAACACCGUCAUCUCGGCCCUAACAGGUGGUCCUAACACAUCAACAACAAGCCUCAGUCUAAAUGGUGGUGCAACAUGUUUCCAACCGAUCCCCUCCAUUCCAACGGCUGAGCUUCUCGCCUCCGUCCCCAAACGAGCAGGUUAUACGCCCGAACUCCCUGAUACAAGGGCUCGGCGCGCAUGCGCCGAGCUACCAACUGACCCUCAGAGAGAUCUUAUCAACAUGCCACUAAAUCAACGACAAGGAGAAGGAGUCAUGCUUUAUCAGAGAGGUGAUAUUGCCAACGUCUUUUCUCGGGAUUCCUUGGAGCUUUUUUCGGCAUCAUCUUCGCCCAAGAUUACCAGCAGCAGUCCGGGUUCUGGCUCGGGCUCUGUCUCGGGCUUUUCUCCGCCUAGCAGAAAUAUGAGUCCCAGAUUUAUGGCGCGCCAUACGGCACGGAGAGUAGUUACGGAGGAAGAGGUUGUAAUGGGUGCGAAUCUGGGCAGGUAUUCUGGCAAUCCCAAAGAUACGGAACUCUCUAUUGAAAAUUGGAAUGGGAUUGAUAAUGGAAACAAGAAUGGAAAUGGAAAUGGAGACGCGGAUAUGGCAAAAGGUAAAGAGAACUCAGGGGAAUCGCAGGAUCAUGUCAUGAGUUUUAUGAACUUUGAUGGCAGUCUACCGUUGACGGACGUAUCUGAUGGUGAAGCGGGACAGUCAUCUACUCCUAUCUCUCCUCCUACUGCUGUUUCUGCUUCUCCGCCGACAUCUUCACCUGUCUCGAACAAGAUUGGGAAUCUGAGUUUCAUGGAUGUUGGUCCCCUUUCGCCAACACCGAGUGAAGUGCCCCCUGCUUAUGAGGCUGAGGAAGAAUGUGAGUUUGAAGUGAAUGGGGAGAGGAAGACGCCGGCUGGGACGAUGGGGUUGGGGGUUAGGCGGUUUGAUUAA